GCGUAGCCUUGAGGACAGAAGAACGGCAGAAACCUAAGAGCAGGAUGGAGGACUUUGGCUGCGACGACUUUGAGAAGACGCUCAAGGUGAUUGUGGUGGGGAACGGAAAUGUGGGCAAGACGAGCAUGGCGACGCGCUAUGCCAAGGGCAGAUACACGGGCACGUACAAGAAGACAAUUGGGGUGGACUUUAUGGAGAAGACGGUGGAGCUGCGUGAUCUGGGCGAGACGAUCAAGCUCAUGAUCUGGGUUACCGCUGGCCAAGAAGAGUUCGACACUCUCACGAGUAGAUACUACAAAGGUGCUGGUGCUGUAAUUUACGUGUUUUCGACGGUGGAUCGCGCCUCGUUCGAUGACUUGCCCAAGUGGAAGCGCAAAGUGGAGGAGGAAUGUGGUCCAAUCUGCAGUGUGCUGGUACAGAACAAGAUCGAUUUGGAAGACGACGCGGCCAUGACACGUGACGAGGUUGAGGAUAUGGCUGACUACUUGAACAUGCGUCUGUAUCGCGCCUGUGUUCAAGACAACAUCAACGUAGGCGAAGUUUUCCGCUAUCUGUGCCGCAGGUUCCUAAAACGUGGCGAUGAUGGCGACGAAGCAGUUCACGCUGUCACCGACAUCACGUCGCUGAGUCAAACUUCAACAUCAAAGUCCACCUCGCGUCAUAACGCACUCGAAGUCCGAACGAAGCGCGAGAUUUCUGAUUCCUCCGACGUCGAUUCGGACCGCACGUCGACUGCUGCUCCGUCGCCGACACAUGUGAGCAAGGCAUUUCCCCCCUCCCCACCUACAGUAGCCGAUCGUGACUAUGCGAGCGACAGUGGAGAUGAAGACCCGGAUUCUUCGAGAAGGCGCCAGCAAAGCAGAGUCUCCACGCCGCGCUGCAUCUAA